AAUCGACACGUGUCAACAUUUAAAAAUACUGGGUUAUCAGCCGGAAAAUUAUGAUUAUAGUCUCUAGUCAUAGUUUUUAGUAGCAGUAAUGAGGGCAACAAGUUUAUUUAUUUUAUUAAUAAGUUGUUCGGCGGCGUUGGCUCAAUCGUUCGCUGCUGACAACAGAAUCGACUCUAAAGAGUUGCGAUGUUUAGUUUGCGAAAAGAGCCUCGAGGAGCUUACGAAGGAAGUUGAGCAAUUCGAUCCCGAUAAGAAGGUCGACGUUGGUGGUUAUACGUUGGAUAUCGACGGAAAUUACAGGCACAAGAGUGUCCCGCAGGCGAAGUCUGAAUUAGCCUUGUCGGAGGCUAUCGAAGGCAUAUGUGAUAAGAUGGAUAAUUACAUUAGAGCCAAAUGGAAGGAAAACGGAACGUUGACUUUGCUGAGUAUGAUCUCCAGCGAAGGCACGAUGAGUCCAGAUUGGUCGAAUGUAGAUAUCAUACAGGACGAUGAUUUAAAUAAGAGUCUCAAAUAUUACUGUGAAGGUAUCAUGGAAGAACAUGAGGAAGACAUUAUUAAACUCUAUCAGGAAGAACAUAAUGAUAUUCCGAAAAAAUUCUGUUUCAAACAGUCUAAUUUAUGCUCGAAGCACGUUAGAAGGGAAGAGUUGUGAUUUUUGCUUAGUACUUAUGAGUUAAUAUAUUUUUUCAUGUUUA